GAGCUUAAAAAUAGGAUGUCCCUCUGUGUCACAAAAUUUCGCCUGGCGUCACGCGGGAAGGGCUACCACAACCGUGUGAUGGUGUAUGCCCACCGUCGACAUAAGGCCUUUUACAUGCCCCCUAAGAAAGCGCAUGGAAACAGUCCACUUGCCAACAAAGAGCCUGAGGAAUACGGCAAUACAUGGGAUGCUCGGUGUGGGAUUGAGUGGUAUUAUCGCAUUCAUCGGCGUAAUCACUACCGCCACUGGCCGUGGGUGCGUUGGACCGAUGACCCGAUCCGCUUUCAUUCAAACCUUAUCAACCGCCGAACGGUUUCCGCAAUGGAUGAGGGGACAAAUGAGGGGGUACCGGAGUGGAACUACUAUGAGGAGGUCGGACAGAAUUAUGAGACGCCUUCACACUUUCCGUUGACCUACAUCGGACAUUUUAUUCACCAAUAUACCGGCAAAGUCUGGUCCCACAAUCGGAUUCGUGAGUACUUGGAGGUGAUCCAGACCGAAACGAAGCUUCGCACGAUACAGGAUGUCGCACAACACUUGCCAGAUUUAUGGACAUGGGGAGAGCGGCAAGCCAACUUUUCUGGACUUUCAAUAGAGACUCAUGAUGAUAGUGCUCGAAGCAUGCCAGUGGUGAUGGUACCGCAUAGUUUUCUACAGCAUGUUGAACUAGUUGUCGCGGAUAUUGUAAAACAAAAUCAAAGGAAACAAUACCGUGAGGAGCAGCACAUGUCUGGUGUGCUUCGUACGCGUGAUAUGGAGAGGUAUUAUGCUCUUCCCAAUCUGAAAGGGCCUAGUAUGCCAGAGAAGCUGAAGCAGCCAUCAGGCGAGUACCCAUGGGGUAAGUACACUUAUAUGAAAGAGCCAGUGAAAAUUCAUCCACUCCAGCUACCGGAUCUUCGUUAUAAGCGAAACAUGUACCCCCUUUAGUUCGUCGUUCAUGUUUCUUUUCUUUUGCUCUUUUCCUUGGUAAAUUCUGUUAUGGAUAUAUUAUCCACCACUGAUCCACAAAAGGCUAUUAUUUCCAUAGUGUGGAUACAGUAUAUUUGUCUGAGGCAAAUUGUAUAUUCAAGGUAAAAUGAACUCACAGGUUCAUGGUUAUUCUGAAUUGAUGGUUACAGUAUAUAUGUGGUAUUGUAAUAAGUUCAAAAUUUUCAGAGAAUAUCAAAAUAAGAGAGAAGUUCAUUCUCAAUAUGUUUUUA